AUGCUGGAAGUUCACAUCCCAUCGGUGGGGCCCGAGGCCGACGGGCCCAGACAGAGCCCAGAGAAAUGCCACAUGGUGUUCCGAGUGGAGGUGCAGUGCAGCGGGCGCAGACACACCGUGCCAAGGCGCUACAGCGAGUUCCACGCGCUGCACAAGCGGAUCAAGAAACUGUACAAAGUGCCCGACUUCCCCUCGAAACGCCUGCCCAACUGGAGGACCAGAGGACUGGAACAGCGCCGGCAGGGCUUGGAAGCCUAUAUCCAGGGCAUCCUGUACCUGAACCAGGAUGUGCCCAAGGAGUUACUGGAAUUCCUGAGACUUCGGCACUUCCCCACAGACCCCAAGGCCAGCAGCUGGGGCACCCUGGGGAAGUUCCUGCCCAGCGACAGCAGCUCACAGCUGCACCACCGGCCAGUCAUCAGCUUCUUCACGGAUCCCUACAUUUGCACCCCUUCCCCAGAACCUCUGCCCAACGUGGUGGUGGAUGGUGUGCUCCAGGGACUCUAUGGCUUCAGCAUCAGCCCAGCUGAAGCCCGGUCAAAGGCUGCCUGUCACCCUGCUUCUCUGCCACUGAUUCCCUGA